AUGUGUAGGCUCAAACUACACAUUUUGGCAAACUACGUGUCCCAUAAUGCUGUUGGCGGCGUCAAUGUCGUCUUGGCUCCGCCCCCAGCGUACGCUCGCGAACUUCAGCAAGUUGUUAGAAAGGCCAACACCAAACACUGGCUAGACAAGGGUAACGGGAAAAAGGGAUCCCGCCAGUCUGUUCGCGGGCAGGACCGAGAUGAGGCAUGA